AUGCCUCCGACUGGUUUAGAGCCCGCCCGGAUGAACAGGAAGAAGGGCGACAAGGGCUUUGAAAGCCCAAGACCAUAUAAAUUAACCCAUCAAGUGGUUUGCAUCAACAACAUAAACUUCCAGAGAAAGUCUGUUGUGGGAUUUGUGGAGCUGACUAUAUUUCCCACAGUUGCAAACUUGAAUAGAAUCAAGUUGAACAGUAAACAGUGCAGAAUAUACCGAGUGAGAGUCAACGAUUUGGAGGCUGCCUUUAUUUAUAAUGAUCCAACACUAGAAGUUUGUCACAAUGAAUCCAAACAGAGAAAUCUAAAUUAUUUUUCUAACGCCUAUGCGGCUGCAGUUACUGCUGUAGAUCCCGAUGCGGGAAAUGGAGAACUCUGCAUUAAAGUUCCCUCAGAGCUGUGGAAACAUGUUGAUGAGUUAAAGGUCCUGAAAAUACACAUCAAUUUCUCUUUGGAUCAGCCAAAAGGAGGUCUUCAUUUUGUGGUGCCCAAUGUAGAGGGCAGCAUGGCUGAGAGAGGUGCUCAUGUUUUCUCUUGUGGGUAUCAAAAUUCCACAAGAUUUUGGUUUCCGUGUGUUGAUUCAUACUCUGAAUUAUGUACGUGGAAGCUGGAAUUUACAGUAGACGCUGCAAUGGUGGCUGUUUCCAGUGGGGAUCUGGUGGAGACUGUGUAUACCCAUGAUAUGAGGAAGAAGACCUUCCACUAUAUGCUGACCAUUCCAACAGCGGCCUCAAAUAUCUCCUUGGCCAUUGGACCUUUUGAAAUACUUGUAGAUCCAUAUAUGCAUGAAGUUACUCAUUUUUGUUUGCCCCAACUUCUUCCAUUGCUGAAGCAUACCACGUCCUAUCUCCAUGAGGUCUUUGAGUUUUAUGAGGAGAUUCUUACAUGUCGAUACCCAUACUCCUGCUUUAAGACUGUGUUCAUUGAUGAAGCUUACGUUGAAGUAGCUGCUUAUGCUUCCAUGAGCAUUUUUAGUACAAAUCUUUUGCACAGUGCCCUAAUUAUAGACGAGACCCCUUUGACUAGAAGGUGUUUAGCACAGUCCUUGGCUCAGCAGUUUUUUGGUUGUUUCAUAUCCAGAAUGUCUUGGUCUGAUGAGUGGGUGCUGAAGGGGAUUUCAGGCUAUAUUUAUGGACUUUGGAUGAAAAAAACGUUUGGUGUUAAUGAGUACCGCCAUUGGAUUAAAGAGGUGUUCAAUAAACUGCUAAGUCUGGCUAGUACUGCUUCAUCUCAGAAGUUCCAGUCACAUAUGUGGAGUCAGAUGUUGGUUUCCACAUCUGGGUUUUUGAAAUCCAUCUCUAAUGUCUCUGGCAAAGACAUCCAGCCUUUAAUAAAGCAGUGGGUAGACCAGAGUGGAGUGGUAAAAUUUUAUGGAAGUUUUGCAUUUAAUAGAAAACGAAAUGUUUUAGAAUUGGAAAUAAAACAAGAUUAUACAUCUCCUGGAACUCAGAAAUAUGUGGGACCACUUAAAGUGACAGUACAGGAGUUAGAUGGAUCCUUCAAUCAUACACUGCAAAUUGAAGAAAACAGCCUGAAACAUGACAUACCCUGCCAUUCCAAAAGCAGAAGAAAUAAGAAGAAAAAAAUUCCACUGAUGAAUGGAGAAGAAGUCGACAUGGAUCUUUCUGCAAUGGAUGCUGAUUCCCCAUUGCUGUGGAUCAGGAUCGACCCCGAUAUGUCAGUACUGAGGAAGGUGGAAUUUGAACAGGCAGACUUUAUGUGGCAGUAUCAGCUCCGCUACGAGAGGGAUGUUGUCGCACAGCAGGAAUCCAUUUUGGCUUUGGAAAAGUUCCCUACUCCAGCAUCUCGCCUUGCGCUCACCGGCAUCUUAGAUCAAGAACAGUGUUUCUACCGCGUGAGAAUGGCGGCUUGCUUCUGCCUUGCAAAGAUUGCAAAUUCAAUGGUGAGCACAUGGACAGGACCGCCAGCCAUGAAGUCACUCUUCACCAGAAUGUUCUGUUGUAAAACUUGUCCAAACAUUGUGAAAACAAACAACUUCAUGAGUUUUCAAAGUUAUUUUCUACAGAAGACUAUGCCAGUUGCAAUGGCUUUGUUGAGAGACGUUCAUAAUCUCUGCCCCAAAGAAGUCUUAACAUUCAUUUUAGAUUUAAUCAAGUAUAAUGACAACAGAAAAAAUAAGUUUUCAGAUAACUAUUACCGUGCAGAGAUGAUCGAUGCUCUUGCCAACUCUGUUACACCUGCAGUCAGUGUGAAUAAUGAGCUUCGGACUUUGGAGAACUUGAAUCCGGAUGUGCGACUCAUUCUUGAAGAAAUCACCAGGUUUUUAAAUAUGGAAAAACUUCUUCCAAGUUACAGGCAUACUGUCACGGUCAGUUGCUUGAGAGCCAUACGGGUGCUUCAGAAGAACGGGCAUGUGCCAAGUGAUCCAGCUCUUUUUAAGUCUUAUGCUGAAUAUGGCCACUUUGUGGACAUUAGGAUAGCCGCUUUGGAAGCAGUUGUUGAUUACACUAAAGUGGACAGGAGUUACGAAGAGCUACAAUGGCUGCUUAAUAUGAUUCAGACUGACCCUGUACCAUAUGUAAGGCAUAAGAUUCUAAACAUGUUGACUAAGAAUCCACCUUUUACUAAGAACAUGGAGUCUCCCUUAUGCAGUGAAGCCCUGGUAGAUCAACUUUGGAAACUUAUGAAUUCUGGAACUGCACAUGACUGGAGGUUGCGGUGUGGUGCUGUGGACUUGUAUUUCACACUCUUUGGCCUCAGUAGACCUUCCUGCUUACCUUUGCCAGAACUUGGGUUGGUUCUUAAUCUAAAGGAGAAAAAAGCUGUGUUGAAUCCUACCAUCAUUCCAGAGGCUGUAGCUGGCAACCCAGAAGCUGCAAGUAAUCUAGGCGGUCACCCUCAGCUCAUUGGAUUUCAGAACGCUUUCUCAAAUUCUCAAGACGAAGAGGAAAUUGACAUGGAUACUGUUCAUGAUAGUCAGGCUUUCAUUUCUCAUCACCUGAACAUGCUGGAAAGGCCAUCGACUCCAGGACUGUCUAAAUUUCGAUCAGUGUUGGUGCCUCAGCUGCCGCCAGACUGCGAUGACCCACCCACCACGAAACCCCCUUGGAGUCUGGAGCUUGCACGGAAAGGAACAGGUAAAGAGCAGUCACCUCUGGAGAUGAGCAUGCACUCGGCGGUGGCAGCCUCCCUAGCGGUGUUCACCAAAGAGCCCACCUCCUCCAAACACAGUGACCGCCACCACCACCACCACCACCACCACCACGAGCACAAGAAGAAGAAGAAGCACAAACACAAACACAAACACAAGCACAAGCAUGACAGCAAGGACAAGGAGCAGGAACCCUUCACUUUCCACAGCGCCUGCCAGGCCUGCGGGGAGACCGGCGCUGCCCGUGAGAGGCUCUAA